GGAAAAUCUUAAAGGGUGUAAGGAUACGACGGGGAUGCGCGUCGCUAGCAGGUGCACUACGUAGCGAAAUAACAAAUACGAGACGAAUGAUGGCAUAGCAUAUGGCGGUUCACCCCUUUCCAACGACAGAAGACACGUUCGCCACAAACCAAAUCCUUGUGCUUUCACAACAAUAAUGUCACGAGUGGGUGCUGUCUGCUGACCUCCUUUCUCCAAAAGUGACUAAUACCCAUCUACAGAAGCCAUUAACUGUACUACCAACAACAUGUCAGGAACCUACACACCGGCCCCUGGCGGCCCCUUCUCUGCUCUCACCCCAAGCAUGUGGCCCCAGGACAUUUUGGCCAAGUACCAUCAAAAAGAGCCGUCAGAACAGCCUGAACCUCAGUAUGAUGAGUUUGGCUUCAAAGUAGACACUGAUGACGAAGAGAAGCCCCGGUCCUGGCUGGGCACUGAAGGCUCGCCCCAGCGUGAAGACCCCCAGCAGCGGUUGCGCUGGCAGGCCCACCUGGAGUUCACCCACAACCACACGGUGGGCAACCUGACCUGGGAGCUCAUUGAUCCGGUCCUCUCCCGCUCCGAGCGUCUGCGUACGCUGGUGCUGGGUGGCAUACCUCACAGCAUGAGGCCACAGCUGUGGAUGCGUCUGGCUGGAGCUCUGCAGAAGAAGAGGAUGUCUGAGAUCUCUUACAGAGAAAUCAUCAAGAACAGUUCUAAUGAUGACACCAGCUCAGCGAAACAGAUAGAGAAGGACCUGUUGCGGACGAUGCCCACCAACGCGUGUUUCUGUAGCAUGACAAGUGUUGGAGUGCCGAGGCUGAGACGGGUACUGAAAGGUCUGGCCUGGCUCUACCCAGACAUUGGGUACUGCCAGGGCACCGGCAUGGUGGUUUCCUGUCUGCUGCUCUUCCUCGAGGAGGAGGAUGUGCUUUGGAUGAUGUGUGCCCUUAUCGAAGACCUCCUUCCUCCGUCCUACUUCUCCUCCACGCUGCUGGGCGUCCAAACGGACCAAAGGGUUCUCCGCCAGCUCAUUGUUCAGUACCUGCCGGCCCUCGACCGUCUCCUGCAGGAGCAUGACAUAGAGUUGUCGCUGAUCACUCUGCAUUGGUUCCUGACCUCAUUUGCCAGCGUGGUGGACAUCCGUCUGCUCCUCAGGAUCUGGGACCUGCUCUUUUACCAGGGCUCACUGGUACUCUUCCAGGUCACACUGGGCAUGCUCAAAAUCAAGGAGGAGGAGCUUGUGUCCUCUGAGAACUCGGCAUCGAUUUUUAAUACUCUCUCGGACUUGCCAAGCCAGCUGAGAGAUGGUCCGGCAGUUCUUGGGGAGGCUAUGAGGCUAGCGGGGACUCUGUCCCAGGAAACACUGGAAGCCCACCGGCACAAGCACCUAGCCUACAUCCUAAACGAACAGGCACAGCUCAGCAACGGAAACAACACGACACACAACACCAAUCUCAACAAGGUGGUGAGGAGACAGUCCCUGCGCAGGAAGUCCACCCUGAGCUCCCUGCUGUUUGGGGAGGAUGAGGCAGAGGCCCUAAAAUCCAAGAACAUUAAGCAGACGGAGUUAGUAGCAGCCUUGCGAGAGGCCAUCACCCGCACUUCAGAGCACUUCCACUGUCUGGACCCUCGUCACUCCAGCACCGAGCUGACUCCUGACUACUCCAUGGAGAGCCACCAGCGGGAUCACGAGAACUUCCUCGUGGUGUCUCGCAACCGACGGAGACGGGGAAAGGCUCUGCUGGACUUUGAGCGUCAUGACGACGAUGAACUUGGCUUCAGGAAGAAUGACAUCAUCACUAUCAUCUCACAGAAAGAUGAGCACUGUUGGGUUGGAGAGCUGAACGGCCUGAGAGGUUGGUUCCCAGCUAAAUUUGUGGAGGUCCUCGAUGAAAGAAGCAAAGAGUACUCAUUAGCAGGCGACGACUCGGUGACGGAGGCAGUGACGGACCUCGCCAGAGGAACACUGUGUCCGGCCCUGAAGGCCAUUUUUCAGCACGGUCUCAAGAAGACCUCGAUACUGGGAGGCCCGUGUCAUCCUUGGUUAUUCAUAGAAGAGGCGGCCAGUAGAGAGGUAGAGAGGGACUUUAACUCCGUCUACUCCAGACUAGUGCUGUGUAAAACCUACAGGUUAGAUGAAGAUGGGAAAGUACUAACACCAGAGGAGCUGCUAUACAGAGCAGUGCAGUCAGUCAACAUGAGCCACGACACCGCACACGCUCAGAUGGAUGUCAAGUUUAGGUCUCUUGCCUGCGUCGGCCUUAAUGAGCAGGUGCUGCACCUAUGGUUGGAGGUGUUGUGCUCCAGCAUGGCUGCUGUAGAGAAAUGGUAUCAUCCCUGGUCAUUCCUUCGCAGUCCUGGAUGGGUACAGAUCAAGUGUGAGCUCAGGGUGCUAUCAAAGUUUGCCUUCAGCCUCUCCCAAGAUUGUGAGCUGCCUGACAAGAAAGAGGAGAAGGAGCAGAGGCCACUGAAGGAGGGAGUGCAGGAUAUGUUGGUAAAACAUCAUCUCUUCAGCUGGGACAUCGAUGGCUAGAUACGGUGCAGAAUCUGGCUGAAUCGCACUUUGUCCUGCGUGUCUGUGUCUCGUCGAUGUCUCUUUACCUGUUUUUCACAGAUUAUCAAUUCUAAAUGGGACACCACUGUCUGCUACAGAGACUCCUCUCAGACCUUCCAGCAUCGGAUAAAGGCCGACCAGUUUGUGCGCAUUAAAAUGCAUUCUUUAUUUUAAUUCGGACCCAGUGUAGGAGGUUGCACUACAUGGUGAAAGCUAUAUACUAGUUAGUAGAACACUCUAGUACAGAAUAGUCUGUACCCAUAGGACUGCAGCACUCGGUGUGUCCGAACAGUAAGUAUUUCUUCAGUACUCACUGCUCUGGCCGUUCAGCUGACUGAGUGUUUUCUGCCAGAGAGAGACAUUCAGUCCAUUCUCUUCUGUGUGUCUGUAAAAUCCAGCAGCAGCUCCUCCCCCACGACAAACACAUCGCCCUGUAAAGUCCCAGACAAUAAGACCAAAACAUUCCUAAACAUGGAGCUGUAAAGUUACUCAUUCUGUUUUUGAGAGGAAUGCUACUUACCUCAAUAUCAUUAACUCCAUAAAUAUAUUUCAUUAAAUACUAAUGUUGCACAUGCCGAGUAAAGCCUUUUUGAAUUGUAAUACAAGACUUGUGUGUGUGUGCGUGUGCGCGUGCUAGCUACCUGAACAGUGGUGGUGAACAGUCUGCACUUGUAUGACAUCAUGUAAAUGAAGCAGAUCAAUACGUUCAGUGUUUGAAUCUAUAGUAAAUAAAUGUUGCAUAUAAUGUGUAAUGUUUGUGUAUAUAAAGUAAGACUACUCUGCGUGUGACUAAAUGUGCCCUUGUAGGUUAAAGCAACUUCAUUUAGAACUUUUAUGGUUCUCACUAGAAACUGAUCUCCAAACUGACCUUAAAUCUGCCCAUGCAUCAGAAAACAGGUGUUCGUUUAUUUCCUCAAACUGUUGACCAUUCAUGAGACUGUAAGUGGGGACUUGAGAAGGUUGAUACGCUGAUUCAAGUUGUGAAACGUGUCCUGUGCAUCACAAAAUAUAUAUACUUUUUUUUUUUUCUAGUUUUUGGAUACUUUGUUGAUGGCAAAGAUUCCUGCCAAGCUAAUUGGAUCUUACAGGUGUUGAAAUAUUCCUUUUCUCAGUUGAGAAACUCUUUGGACUUCAUUGUUAACGGUAACGUCUCCAUGUGCACAGAACUCAACGUGGUUUUACAUGAUCGUAGCCUUUGUAACUCACAUGAUUAUCAAAAAUGUAAAGUCCAAAUACACAAUUCUGCCAUCUAUUCAGAGUCAAUAGUUGCCACUUUCCAUCUGUAACAUAGUAUGGAAAUGUAGUUCCAGUAUAUUGGAGAAAAAGAGCACUGUAAACAUAUUGAACCCAUCUUUGCUCCUGUUAAAAUAUUUUUUUUUACUCUUAAAUAAAAUACACAUGAAAAAAAGAAUCUCAGUAUAACCUGUUUAUUAAUGGUCAGUUUAUUUUUAGUGGCAACGUGUGUUUAAAAUGUCACAACAUGUUAACAGCAACAGGCCAUAAAGCAUGGGGUACUAGAGUUACAAGUAGCACUGCAUGUCUUAUACUCAUGAUGAAGAUGAUGUGCUGUAUCUGUAAUAACACUAACUGUAUACGGUUUGUAACGUGGCUGACUGGCGGUGGAAGCAUGAUGGAUCCUGAAUCUAAAGAGUGCGAGUGAGAAGUCCGAGACCAUCUUACGAGUGAAUGUUCUGCAUGUAUGCCAAAUAAAUAACUGAUGAUUAUAAAA